CACAAGACGCGUACAGCACAGGUAUUUUGCCGGCGGUCCCUGCUCGAUCCUGCUGCUGCUGUUGUUGGUCUCAACUAUUUGUGGACUUUUUAAUAUGUUCAUCAGAACUGUAACUCGCCUUUGAUUUGCUGUCGGGGUAGACUAGCCACUGUAAUUCAUGUAGUUAGAUCUUAAGUAAUAGGGUUCAAAUACCACCUAAUAUCUCCAGACUAUUAAACGUUGACCAGCGGACUGACGGAGUUCUUCACUGCAGCAACACUCCGCAACUGACCACACGUCAUCCUGACCGUUUUAUCACAUUUAAUUUCCCCCUUGCCUUUGUCAUUUAUGACCAUUUAACAAUUUUGCCCUCAUCGGGAAAAUUUAGCAAACUUUGACGCUCCUCGGAUCUUUUUUUAUUUCUUCGGGAUCCUUGUGAAAGUCCCGUUACGCGCUGGAUAUGUGGUGGAUGUUGUUUCCCCGAUGGAUCUGGUUUCUCUUCGGACAGUGCUACAUCUUGCUCCUUGUAAUAGACAGCUGUGUGAAGGUGAAAGCGAUGCCAAUGUCCAUGCCCAACAAAGUGGUGUACUCUCACGCGGGCAUGUGCCCCAACGAGAUGAACCCCAACCUGUGGGUGGACGCCAUGAGCACCUGCAUGCGCGAGUGCGAGUUUGACCGGGACUGUGAAACCUUUGAGAAAUGCUGCAACAACGUGUGUGGGAACAAGAGCUGUGUGGCGGCACGCUACAUGGACAUUAAGGGCAAGAAGGGGCCGGUUGGCAUGCCAACCGGGGUCACAUGUGACAAGUUAAUGUGUACGCAGCAGGGCUCCGAGUGUGACAUCUGGGAGGGCCAGCCCGUGUGUAAGUGCCGGGACCGCUGUGAGAGAGAGCCCCACUUCACAUGCGCCUCAGACGGUAUGACCUACUACAACAAGUGUUACAUGGACGCAGAGGCCUGCUCCAAGGGCAUCUCUAUCUCUGUGGUCACCUGCAGGUACCACCUCACCUGGCCAAACACCAGCCCGUUGCCCAUGGAGACCACCCUGCGGCCAACCACUGCCCUCCUGGAGACCACCCCCCCAGCCGACAUCCACCCUCCAAUGAUGCUCAGCAGCCCCACCCAGCAGGCUGUGUUCGUGGGCGAGACGGCCAGCUUUCUGUGUGAAGUGUCGGGCAAGCCCAGUCCGGAGGUGACCUGGGAGAAGCAGCUGGAGGGCAAGGAGAACACGGUGAUGAGGCCCAAUCACGUGCAGGGGAACGUAGUGGUCACCAACAUCGGCCAGCUGGUCAUCUACAAUGCCCAGCAACAGGACGCCGGCAUCUACACCUGCACGGCCAAGAACCUGGGGGGGGUGGUGGCCUCCCACUACCCCCUGACGGUGAUCCAGAGAGACACGGGCCGGAAGGAGGGCGAGGUAGGAAAUGCCACCAACCCGUUCCCCUUCCCUGCCGAGGAGUGCCUGAAGGGGCCGGACAGUGACGACUGUGGGGAGGAGAGCAUGAGCUGGUACUACGAAGCCAAGAGGAACAAUUGCUUCACCUUCACCUACAGCCAGUGCAACAAGAACCGCAACCACUUUGACAGCUACGAGACGUGCAUGUUGUCGUGCGGGGCAGAGCUGUCGGCUCCCUGCUCCCUUCCCAGCCUGCAGGGACCCUGUAAGGCCUAUGAGCCCCGCUGGGCCUACAGCAACACCCUCAAACAGUGCCAGUCCUUCAUCUGGGGUGGCUGCGGAGGCAAUGAAAACAACUUUGAAUCCAAAGAGGCCUGUGAGGAGAUGUGUCCCUUUCCGAAGAACCACAACUGUAAGAUGUGUAAACCGCGGGGCAAGAUGGUGACCAGCUUCUGCAAGAGCGACUUCAUCAUCCUGGGGCGCGUGACGGAGUUACCCGAAGAACAGGACUCGGGCCACGCCCUGAUCACCGUGGAGGAGAUCCUAAAGGAUGAGAAGAUGGGCCUCAAGUUCUUCGGCCAGGAACCUUUGGAGGUGACCUUGAUGAACAUGGACUGGAAUUGCCCGUGCCCCAACAUCACCAUGGCCAACGGGCAGCUCAUCAUCAUGGGCGACGUCCACAAUGGCAUGGCCGUGCUGCAGCCCGACAGCUUCGUGGGGAGCUCCACAGCACGCAGGGUCAGGAAGCUCCGAGAGGUCAUUCAGAAGAAGACCUGUGACUUUCUCAAAGAGUUCCCAACGAACCAGUAGUUACUCUCUGAGAGACCCCCACUAUCCUGUACAAUAGCAUUCUACAGUUUAUCAAGAAAAGCAAACAGACUUUCUCAAAGUGUUCUAGCAUCCAGUAGUAGCUAUUGUCUGAGAUUUCCCCACUAUCCAGUAGGGAAGAUAUCUAGAAGAGUAGACUGGGACUUUCUCAAAGUUUCUUACCAUUUAGUAGCCGGAUGAUGGCUUUUGUUGAUUAUUGCUUUCUCCUUCUCCACAAGGCAGGGACUGAACCAUACACUGAUCCGACAAGCUGUUUCCCUACCCGUGACUUUCUCUUUAGUUUCCACAGAAGUCACAUUUUGUAGGCAUUUUGUCAAUUUUUCCACUGGCUAUCUCCUUCACUCUGAUGUUCCUCAUAUACAGUAGAUAUCUAGAAGAUCCAUGACUUUCUCAGAUGACGGCUGCUGUUUGCUGAUUCCACAGAUUCUUUCUCUCUCUCUCCUUCCAUGAUUUUCUCAGAUGACGGCUGCUGUUCGCUGAUUCCACAGAUUCUCUCUCUCUGUCCUUUACUCUGAAGUUUGGACGUUAAGUGUUGGGGCUCCUAGGUACUAUGUAAAUGGCUGAAGAUAUUUUUAAAACAACAAACAGAUAUAUACUUAUACUUUAUGUGGAUUCACUUUCUGAAAGGAGAGCUAAUUGUCCGUAUGUAGUACUGUAGUGGGGACUUAUAUCAAGCGCUUACCUUGGGAAAUGUUAUAAGGCUUUGUAAAAUAUUUUAGUUGAACUAAAAAGGCUCUUUGAAUAAUAUUUUAAAUUCAAAUUUAUUAUUUCGGUAUGAAUGUACUAAUGCCUGUCAGAUAGCUAAACUCUGUGCCUUGGUUAAUAUGAAUGGUAUAUUAUGUUGACUUAAAGUAUCUAUGGUAUCCUGAAAGAGACGUUUUGUAAUAUAUAUUCUGAGCACUUGAGCUCACGAUUAUGUAAUGUAAAGCUAGUGGAAUCAAACAACCCCUUUGAUUUCACUAGAAACCACUUUGUAGUUCAUGAUUGCUUAUACAGUAUAUGAACUUCUGUUCUUAACAUCAUAUUUAUAUUUGAUCCUCUCUUUUUAGAGAUACGUCCAAUUCAAUAAUGGACAAACUUAUUUUAUGUUAUUUUGUAAAUCCAAAUGAUAAGGAUGUUCAUAACAUAAUGGUAAAUAAAUAAAAAUGACACUUUUAAAGAACA